AUGGGCUCGCCCCUGUCGCCGCUCGCCAUGCUGCCAGCACUCGCCUUCUUCCUAUCGCCCACCUCGUCCACCCGCACCACUCCUUCGCGCAGCUCCGGCUCGAGCUUCUUCGCCCGCGAUAACCCUGGGCCGCCUCCUCCUUCCGCCUCGACGACCGCCCGCCGCGCCUCCGGGCAGCACCAGCAGCACCAGCACGACCACCAGCAGCAACUCGAGCUCGACCGCAGGCCUCGCCACCCCCAGGCGCCUCAUCCACCCGCCGCCGCCCUGGACCUCCACCUUUCGACCAACUGCACGGCCUGCGGCGAGCCCGUCGCCGUCGAGGUGCCGCGCUGGAUCCUGGCGGCCAUGGAGGGGGCUCAGCAGCAGCGGCAGCACUUGUUGAGCGGGCCGGCGUACCGCGAGGACCGGGGUCGGGCGGCGCCCAGCUCGUCGGCGGUCGAGUGGAGAGAGCGGGUCGUCGCAGGAGCGGUCGGGGCAGCGCAGGCAGUCAAGGCGUCCCCUCUCCCCGGCCUCAUCCUCGCCUUCCUCCGAACCCUGUUUGCCUUCCUCCUGUACCUCGACGAGCGCUUCUCGAUUCAUCAACGCGUCGCCGUCGCUCUCGGCAUGUUCCUCGAGGGCCUCGUCGAGAUUGAGCGCGAGGUCGGCGUCAUGAGGGGUGCGGGAGAGGCGCUCUCGAUCGGCUGGGAGGCGACGGUCAAGGGCAUCAUCGCUUUCGCCAAAGCGGGUGCAGCCGAUGCGCCUGCCCAGUACGGCACGUCUGAGCGCACGCGCAAUGAGUCGCACACACCGCGAGCUUCCUCGCCCAUCGGCGUGCGCCCGUACCAGGACAGCAACUUCCCGUCGAGCGACAGCCCGUCGCACCUUCCGAGCUACGAGACGACCGAGGGCGACUUCCGCUACUACGACAGCGUGUCGACGACGCGCAUCCCGUCGCCCGUCUUGGGCCCGUCGCGCGCCCUGCACCGCAACUUUGUCUCGUCGCCCUCGCUCCAGUCGGCCUACCUGUCGAGCCUGUCGCCAAGCGCCUCGCCGCACUUGGCCGCCUCGACGUCGCCGUCGUCCGACGCCUUCCCCAUGACGCCCUCGGACGCGCUCCUGUCGCCGUUCGACCCGGCGUCGCAGGCGCACAGCGGCGUCCGCCCGCGCAUGGUGCGGCAGCGCAGCGCGACCGGGCCUGACCAGGUCACGCCGUCGCACGACGCGACGAUGCAGGUCCCGCCGCCGUCGCCGAGCAGCGGAGCGACGCGAGGCGGGUGGGCGGGCAAGGCGGUGCUCGGACUCGCCGAGAGGAUGAAGGUGCUGUGA